CACAAUUGGCAGCAGAAUAUUUAUGGUUUCCUCUUUGUCUUGCCCAAGAGAUCCUUUUUUCUAGUUCAUCCGUCUCUCGAUCAAACUAAACCCUAAUCUAGUUCCGAUUUCCCCUCUUUUUUUUUAUCCCCUGAUUUUCCUAGGAUCAAACCCUAAUCGUUACAGCAACCUUGGCCGUCAUACGCGAAAUCUCUGAAUUUUGAGAAGGAACCUUGAUGGAUAAUAACAAUUGGAGGCCUUCUCUUCCAAACGGAGAACCUGCCUUGGACACUGGUGACUGGAGAACUCAAUUGCCACCUGAUUCACGUCAGAAGAUUGUCAACAAGAUAAUGGAAACACUAAAGAAGCACUUUCCAUUUUCUGGACCAGAGGGAAUCAACGAGCUCAGGAGAAUUGCUGCCAGAUUUGAGGAGAAAAUUUUCAGCGGUGCUGUUAAUCAGACUGAUUACCUUCGGAAAAUAUCCAUGAAGAUGCUAACUAUGGAGACUAAAUCGCAAAAUGCAGCUGGUUCUUCCUCAUCUAUCCCUGCCGCUAAUAAUGGAACAUCCAUGGAUUCGAUACCCACCAAUCAAGGUAUCCUUCUUCCAGGAUCGUUGCCA